UGCGCAGAAGCAAUUCGUCUUCCAAAAGACCUGGUUUUGCAGUUGUUCUCGUGAAGGCGUCAGCUUAGCCAGGAUACCGAUCUCGAGCCAUUAUGUUGAGAACUUUGCGUAAGCUCCUAUCUCUUUCUUCCUAUUCGCUAAAGGAAAUUCAGAGAAACUCACCGCUUAUGGAAACUGAGGUCGUAGUCAGAAAUUCGCCGGAGAUUCCACAGGAUGUAUUGCUGGAAAUCUUUGCCCUCCUGGAGAUCCCUGACCUCAUGCGUGCGGGAUCUGUCUGCUCCUCCUGGCGCUCUGCGUGUACCACCAUACGCAGCCAGCCUGAACUAUACAAAAGGCUUCAGACCCCUUGCCUCCUCUACACGUCCGAGUCUGCUGGUGAGAACGUAGCUUGUCUCUACAGCCUCGCAGAAAAGCGAGUCUACAAUUUUACUCUUCCAGAUCCGCCUAUCCGCAGUAGGUAUCUGGUUGGGUCCUCACAUGGCUGGCUUGUUACUGCUGAUGAGAAGUCCGAGCUACACCUUGUCAACGUGGCCACUGGUCAACAGAUUGCUCUCCCGUCAGUAAUCACCAAUGAGAGUGUGAAGCCGAUCUUUGACAACGCAGGCACAAUUGACAAAUAUGAGUUGUGGGACCCAAUGCACGACAUUGACUUAGACUUUCAAUAUAUUGGUCACCAUAUGACAAUCCAUGCUCUUGAUGAGCUUCGUGACGUCUUCUACUACCAAUCCUUCAUAUUUCCUGAUCCGUCCACAGGAAGCUACAUUGUAGUUCUCAUUCACGGUCUAUCACUUCAGCUUUCGUUUGCAAGGGUAGGAGAUUGCAAGUGGACCUUGCUGCCGCCAGGUUGGGACUACCAACAAUGCAUCUACACGGAUGGUCUGCUGUACGCAUUCACGAGAUUCGGAAGAGUCGACACUUUUGAUCUCACCAGUCCUACCUUCACAAUGAAUACAAUUGCAGAUUGCAUGAAGAAUUAUAUCCCUGAGUGCAUGUAUGUUGUUGAGACUCCGUGCGGCGAUCUGCUGCAAGUUCGCAGGGAUUUUGAAAUCAUAGAUACGGAUGACAACAAGCUCAUAUGCGAGACCAAGAAAAUAUUGCUAUAUAAAGUUGAUAUGGCAGCAAAAGAGCUUUUGGAAAUGAAGGACUUGCAUGAUCAGGUGUUGUUUCUUGGGUAUAACCAGUCGCAAUCCCUUAGUGCUAAAGAAUUUCCCCAGUUGAAGCCAAAUUGUGUCUAUUUCACAGAUAGUGAGUCAUGUGUUUCGAAAUAUAAGAAUUAUUGCAGGGAUAUAGGUGUUCUCAACUUGGAAAAUGACACCAGGGAAGAAAUUUUACCUCAGCUUUGGUGCAGCUGGCCGAACCCCAUAUGGUUAACACCUAGUCUCGCAAGGAUGAAUUGGAGUUGCACAAAUACUCAGAUAGAUAACUUGUUGUAAUUUUAUAGCCCAUUUCUAUGAUGUCAUUCGAACCUGUCCGGUAGGUUCAUGUCGACCCAACUUUUCCAAUCCUUUGGGCACAAGCUAUGACAACGGAGGCAUGUUCCGUUUAUCUUUUCUCCAAACCUUAGUUGGCAUAUUUUUUUGACUUUUCUUUUCUGAACUGUCCAAUACGUUUUCAUUUAGAGUACAUCUGUCUACACUACUAACCAUUUGCAGUACAUUUUACCCUUUUAGUUUUCCUCUUCUUAAGAUAUAAUCCUUGUAAUAGUCAGGUUCCAUUUAAUUUUAAUUUGAUAGUGUAGCUGAAAAGGCCGACAAACUAGCAUGUAAACCUGAACUCCAAGAUUUUUAAAGGGGAAGAUUUACUUCAUCCAAAUUACAGUAUAACAUUAGUUUCUUACUGAUACAUUUUCUUAAAGUAUGUUCAAUAAAUAAAGAACAGAAGUGGAAAUAUCUUUUGUGUUUUCCUAUGUGUUACUGUAGAACAAUCCUACUCUUUUGUCUCCAUCUAUACACAGGCAUAUCUGGCAGAUUUCUCUGAUAUCUUGUCCCUAUUCUUACCAGUAAGGGACAUUUUUAUUCAUUUGAUGCUUUAAAGCGCUUGAAUCUUUUAUUAGAUUAUAUUUUUUGUAUUUUAUUAACCACAGAAGAUCGAGGCCAUUUUGAUUUUUUACCCGAGCCAAUUUGCUUCCAUGUUUCAUUAUUUAUGCCUCUACCACUGUUCCAUAUUAAGAUACUGUGGAUGAACAGUGCUUCUUUAUCCUACCAGCAAAGUUUUUGUUUUAUAGAGCUCGUUAUCCUGAAGUGCAGCCUUUUGUCACAAGUCGGAGUUUCGUGCAAAUUUUAAUGAUGCCCUGCAGUGUUCUUUGCUCUUGCCAUGUGUUUUGUUCUUAUUUUAUGCUCUAUAUAAAUUAUGUAUUCAUUAAAAUUUAAUGAACAUAUUCUGAAUGCGGACUCAGGCUCACUGGGAAAGUUGAUAUUUAUAAUGCAUAUGUAUUUGAUACUCCCUCAGGUUCACAAAAGAUUGCCACUUUGGACUAUAACAUGGCCUUCAAGAUGCAACUCUGACCACUAGUUUCCUACUCUAAUAUAUAAAACCCAAGAAAAUUAGAAAAUUCUAGAAAUGGUUUUGAUGAUAAAUGUAUACAUGUAAAUUUCAAUUCUCCAAUCUAAAGAUCUAAAACAGGAUUUUCCGUCAAUUUUUCAAAAGUUUGAAUGAAAUAAUGCUG